GUUUUGGUAGUUGUUGAGUUCGAAAGCACUCGAGUGAAAGAGUCAAGUAGUUUUAGGGUGAUCGCGGUGUAGUGAUCGCGUAUGGAGAUUUUUCGGUAAGGAUCGCGCGAGUGAUCGUGAGGUGCGGGGGUGGGUGUUGUUGUGGUGAUUUCUGGACGACUGUUCCAGAAUUUCGACGAGCGAGUGUUGCUGAAGAUCGCGAUCCUCCAUUGCAUUGAUGAGUGACAGAUCGAUUACGGAUAACCGGAGGGAGAAAUUCCAGCGGGGAGUCGCAGCCGAAGAAACCGGAUUUUUGGCAUUUCGAGGAUCGCUGGGGUCAGGCGACGACCGCGUAGAGAUGCUGUGACUGCUGACAGUGUAAUCACCGAUGUGUGGUGAAGAAAGUUUGUGUUGAAGAGUUGCAGUGAUUGCGGAAAUUACCGUGUGUCCAAAGGGAAGAGUGGUCAUUUUGAAAUCGUGAAGUUCUGCUGCAAAGAAGAAAGCUUGGAAGCCAAACAGCAUGCCGAUUAAUCUCUAACCAAACAGCCCCUCAGUGUAUUUACUCCAGCAGUGUUUGUGUUGUGUCGCGGCAAGAAUUGCCAAGCCGGGAUCCGCGGUCAUUGCGUCACUCUGAAGAAGCACUCAAAUUGAUGAGUCAUUCCCGCGGGCGAAACCUGCUCGUCGGCAGGCCGCUGUGGCAGUGAUGGUGACAACAAUCAAGAUCACCUGCGACGGAGUGUUUAUCCAGUCCAACUCGUACCUUGCGGCCGCCAACCGCCAACGAUCGUCGCCCGCGUCGUCGUCGUCCUCGCCGGGAGUUGGACCUGGAAGUGAUCAGGGCAGUAGCAGCGGGGGUGAAGCGGACCAGGAAGAUCAAAUGAGUGGAUUCAACGGGGGUGGGGGACCUACCAAGGGUGACGACCAACGGGACGGCAAUAACAAUCGAGACUACGGCGAUCCAAGGUCCGCGAACAACAGCUUCCAAAAAAUCGCCCGCCGCCGGUACCAAUCGGAAGAGGUGCUCUCGCGGUACCAGAAGAUCAGUGAGGGAUCGGACGGGUCGUCCUCGUCGGACAUGGUAGACACCGUCGGGCGGCCCAUCUACUACAACAGCGGCGCCGAGUCGGACGAUCAGUUCACCAUCUCGUUCCUCAACACCCCGCGCGGUCAGUCCGGCAAGAGUCUCCUGAACCAAAAGUUUAUCGUGUACAACAGCAAGAAACCAAAGCCCUCGAUCGUGCUCCAGCAGAGCGGGGGGUACCACCCGAGUCAGUACCGCCAGUUCCUCAACGGACGGCUCAAACCGGCCUUCUCAACGUCGGUCCUGACUUCACCGUCGCUGAUCAACGCGGCCGCUUCCGGUAGUCGGCCGGCCACCGCUACGCCACCGCCAGGUUCAGUGUCAUCGUUGUCGUCGCCGUCCAGCGGAUUUGCAUCGGCAUCGCCGACGCCCACGCCAGCGCCCGCAUCAAAUCUUGAUGUCGAUCUAAGACACAGGCCCAACGCCACUAGUCCUCAACAGCAACAACAGCAGACGACAAGCACCCAGAACCAGCAGCAGCAGCAGCAGCAGCACAACACCCUGUCACGUCGCAACUCGACCGGAAGCAGCGUGCUGAACGGCGGCAUGAACAGCCAUACGGCGGCCAUCAAUCUGCAGUCGUCCGCCGGGCAAUCAGUGGCAGUGGUCGGCCAUCACCGGGGCUUCUCGUCGACGGUGGUGGCGGCAGCGAACUCGGCCGCGGCCGCCGGCGACUGUCCAUGGUUCAUGCCGCACCAGAUUCCCCCGCAGGCCCCGGCCCGGCAGCACAAACGGCCCGCGCCCCAGCCCGGCGUUGGCCACGGCGGACUGAUGCCACAGCCACCGCAGUUUAUUAACCCGCCGCCGGCGCCCCAGCAGCAGCAGCAGCAGCAGCAACAACAGCAGCAGAUGCCACCACCGCAAUUACCUCCACACAGUAACAAUCAAAGUCUAAAUUCCAUCCACCAGCAGCAACAGCAACAAGUGCAACAUCACCAGCAGCCACCCCCACCACAGCAGCAGCAGCUUCACUCCGUCGGCAUGGUCCCGUCGACGGCUCACCACAUACCAAAAUCCCCGAACCAGCAUCCGGUGAAUCUGCAACAUCCGGCGGUCAACCAGCAGCAGCAUCCGGCCGCACCGAAUCUCAUGUCCGCGUCGAUGAACAGCGUCCAGUUGCAGAACCACAUCCAGCAGCAACCGCCAUCGAUCAGUUCACUUCCGCCGCACCCACAGCAGAUUCCACCCCCGCAGCAGCAGCAACAGCAAGUGAUGUCCAACUCGAUGCACAGUCAAAUUGGUCUCCCAUUGACGGCGGUGGCAGCGGCCAGUGUGGUUGAUGGUGGAAGUGGUGGUGCCACGGGAGGAUCGGCAGGACCAAGCAGUUGGAGUAGCAGUGCUGGAGCGGUAGGGGGAGUUGGGGCAGCUGGGGCGGCGGCCUCACUUUCGCCAACGGCAGCGGCCGCGUCCGCCCAGAGGAGGGCAGAGUUGAACGCGAAGCUGAAUGCGAUGCCAUGGUUCCACGGGCGGAUAAAGCGCGAGGAGGCGGAGAACCUGCUGCGGCCGCGCGAGGACGGUCUGUUUCUGGUGCGCGAGUCGACCAACUUCCCCGGCGACUACACGCUGUGCGUGUGCUUCAACGAGAAGGUCGAACACUACCGGAUCAAGUACGCGGAGAACAAGCUGACGAUCGACGAUGACGAGUACUUUGACCACCUCGGCCAGCUCGUGGAGCAUUAUACGCUGGACUCGGACGGACUGUGCACGAAGCUGAUGAAGGCCCUGCCCAAGGAGGAGUUUUGCGUCAAGGACUUCCAGGACAACGGCUGGGAGAUCAAGAUGGAGGACCUGCAGCUGAAGGAGAACAUCGGCAAGGGCGAGUUUGGGGACGUGAUGCUGGGCAUCCUGAAGGGCGACAAGGUCGCGGUCAAGGUGCUCAAGGACGCCGCCCGGGCAUCGAACAAGUUCCUGGCCGAGGCGGGCGUUAUGACAACCCUCGAGCACGAAAACCUGGUCAAGUUCAUCGGGCUGGUGUUCCACGACAAGUACAUCUACCUGGUGACGGAGUUCAUGAGCAAGGGCUCGCUGGUAGACUACCUGAGGUCGCGUGGCCGGCAGCACAUCACCCGCCGCGAUCAGAUCAACUUUGCAUUUGAUACCUGCUCGGGCAUGGAGUACCUGGAGCUGAAGAAGGUCAUCCACCGGGAUCUGGCCGCACGUAACGUCCUAAUCUCGGAGGAGUGCGUCGCGAAGGUGUCGGACUUUGGGCUGGCGCGGGACGAGCGGUACACGGCGGACAUCAGCAAGCUGCCGAUCAAGUGGACGGCGCCGGAGGCGCUCAAGGAGGGGAAAUUCUCCAACAAAACCGACAUGUGGAGCUUUGGAAUCUUACUGUGGGAGAUCUACUCCUUUGGGCGCGUUCCGUACCCGAGAAUUCCCCUGGCGGACGUGGUGAAGCACGUCGGCAGCGGCUACAAGAUGGAAGCGCCGGAGGGCUGCCCGCCCGAGAUCUACGAGAUGAUGCGCCAGGCGUGGGACCUGGUACCGGAGAAGCGACCCACAUUUGCGGAGCUAAAGCGACGGCUCGCCAUCUGCAAGCGGGAAACGGCCCAGACGUACGUGGCGUAAGUAAGUUCGCCGCAACAACAAAAACAAAAUCGCCAUUAUUUAUCGAUAGCUAUUAUCGUGAAGAACACGUGGGAGGGAGGAGGGCAGAACAAUAGGUAGAAAAGUAUGUCGAUAGAGAGAGGGAGAGGGAGGGAAACAUUUUCUGAACCAGAUUCCUUAAAGUGUGUGAGAGAGAGAGGGAUACUAACCAACAGGUAGAAAAAGCCCAAAAGUUUGCGUGCUAGAUUUUAGGUGAAUUGUACAGUUAGUUUUGUUUUUUUUUUAUGUUUUAUAAAAAUCUACCCGACGAUCGUCCACGCGCGCAUUGUAAUUUUUGGUACGUCCAGAUUAGUUCCAGCUUAUUAUGCAAACUUUUUUUUCUUUGUUGAGGUAAUUAUUAUUUUUUUAUAAUUAUAAUUUCUGUUAUCUUAUCUGCUAGUAAGCUAGUGUAAACUUAUUUAAGGAAGAAAGAUGAGGAUGCAGUUUGUAAGAUAACAACAGAUCAUUGUGGAAUCAUUUGUGAGAGUGUACAUAAUAAAAGAAACCAUCGUACCAAGCUAUCAUCAAUGCUCGCGUUAGCAGCGAAAGCAACUAAAAGUUUGCAAAACUAAAUUAUUCACUAAUUUCACAAAAGGAAACAAAAA